CAAAGACUUACAGUCCUAGUUUCCUUUUGUUUUGCCUACAACCCCAUUUUUUGAACUCUCUUUCCUUCCAUAGCUGUCGUUUCGUUAUCUUCUAGUUUUUUGUGGGUUUCUCGGAGGAAUGUCAGUGAAGCUUUAUAGACUCUUCUCCAUUCCUCUUUCCUUCUUCAACCCCAAUAAUGGCUUCUUCUUUACAUCAAUUGCUCAAGGAAGAAGGGUUCGAAAAAGGCAAGUUAUUGAAGAACCAACCAGAUGACUCCACUGCAUUACCUAUUUACAUCUGCCGUGGCCGAAAAAGCUCGGAGAUAACCGAGCACAAGGAUGAAAAAACUGUUAUCCGAAAUGGGUCCUCAUUGUUUUCAUCAUUUAAACCAAAAUCAGAUGAGCCUGUAAUCGAUGAAGCCGCCAUUAAAGCUGUUAUAUCUAUACUCGGUGGAUACACUGGUAGGUACCUUAAAGAUGAGAGUUACCGUGCAAUGGUGAAAGAUAAGUGCACCUCUUGCUUAUUAUCGCGGCGAAAAGCUGGUUCGGAUGGUGGGAUUUUUAUGAACAUGGAACUUGGUAUUGAGAGCAUUGACAAGUUAGUGGAAGAUCGAGGGAACAAAAAGGAAUUGAGGAUGAAAUUGUUAAGGAAUUCGAUUCGGCUUUUGAGUAUUGUUGCUUCAUUGAAUUGUGAAAAAUCGAGGAAUGGUUCAACUUGUGGAGUACCCCAUUCUCAUCUUUCAGCGUGUGCUCAGCUAUACUUAUCUAUAGUUUACAAGCUGGAGAAGAAUCAUAGGUUAUCAGCUAGGCAUUUGCUUCAAGUUUUUUGUGAUUCGGCUUUUCUAGCCAGAACCCAUUUGCUUCCUGAUUUAUGGGACCAUUUUUUCCUUCCCCAUUUGCUUCAUCUUAAGGUUUGGUACCACAAAGAACUUGAACAUCUCUCCAACUUGGGCAAUGCUUUGAAAGAGACCAAAAUGAAAGCUUUAAGUAAGCUCUAUAAUGACCAAAUGGAUAUGGGAACAGCUAUGUUCGCUAUGUACUACAAAGAGUGGCUUAAAAUUGGGGCUAAAGUCCCACCAGUUCCUACAGUACCUUUGCCAUCAAGUUCCAGUUAUGGAUCAUCAAGAAGGAGAUCAUCUGAGUCUCAUGCUUCAGUUUCUUCUAUUAAUAGAAACUUGUAUCAGACUGUGUUUGGUGCCGCAACCGAGUGGCAAUCCAUGGAGCUUAAUCACCGAAUCAGGACAUCGAUCGAUAUAUGUCGCCUCGAGGCAGAAGAAAAUGAGUUCAAAUAUGAAAACUACAACCAGAACAAGAAGAAGACACAUAGGAGGUCAUCAUCAAGCCAUAUUUAUAGCACUCCGAGAACUGAAUUAUUGCCCGAGACAAAAAAAUCAGGCCAUUUCCGGUUUUUUAGCUGCCAAAGUAGGCCAAAAGGAUGCUUGGUAAACGGGAAAAUUAAUGUCAGAAAUAAUUCAAUGAGAAACUUGGAACAUCUUGAUCUUCCUUUGAGUGAUUUAAGUAAAGCCAUAGCUACUAUUUGCUCCUCAGAUGUUCUAAGUGACUGUGAAAUCGCAAUCCGGGUAAUGACCAAAGCAUGGUUGGACUCACAUGGUGAUUCUACCAUUGAAGCUGCUUUAACAAAGGCGCCUAUUAUUGAAGGAGUCCUUGAGGUUUUGUUUGCUUCCAACGACGAUGAAGUUAUGGAAUUAGCAAUAUUGAUUUUAGCAGAAUUUAUAACUAGGAGUAAAGUGAAUAGGCAGAUAAUACUCAACUCAGAUCCACAGCUUGAGAUCUUCUUGAAACUGUUGAAAAAUAGUAGUCUAUUUUUAAAAGCUGCAGUGCUGCUUUACUUGUUGAGGCCAAAGGCAAAGCAAAUGAUAUCAACUGAGUGGAUACCCCUAAGUCUUAGAGUUUUAGAAUUUGGAGAGCACUUGCAGACUCUUUAUACAAUAAGAUGUAGUCCUCAAGUGGCAGCAUUAUACUUCCUAGACCAACUUUUAACUGGUUUUAAUGAAGAUAGAAACUUAGAGAAUGCUUGCCAAGUGGUUUCUCUUGGGGGAUUGAACCUUCUGAUGAGAAAUGUGGAGUUCGGUGGUGUUCUCGAGCGGAAUAAGGCUGCCUUGAUCAUAUCCUGCUGCAUUCGAGCUGAUGGAAGUUGUCGACACUAUGUAGCUGAUAAAUUGAACAAGGCAGCUCUGAUUGAACUUAUGGUUGGGAACUGUAAGGAUUCUAAUGGAUCUGUUAUUGCUUUACUAACUGAGCUACUCUGCCUAAACAGAAGAACACAGAUGAUGAAAUUCUUAAAUGAACUGUUGAGAGGAUGGGGAGGCUUGAAUACCAUGCACAUCUUAUUAGCAUGCUUGCACAAAGCUCUACCAGAAGAACGCCCCCUGGUUGCGGCCCUCUUGUUACAGCUUGAUCUUCUGGGAGAUCCUUUUAGAUGCAGUGUCUACAGAGAAGAAGCAGUUGAGGUAAUUAUAGAAACUUUAGAUUGUGAAAAAUGUAAUGAUAAGAUUCAACAACAAUCCGCCAAAGCUCUUACGAUGUUGGGAGGUCGGUUUUCUUACAUGGGAGAGGCAACAACUGAAAGUUGGCUUUUGAAACAAGCAGGCUUUCAUGAAAACUUGGAGGAUUCAUUUCAAAAGAAGGAAAUAGGUGAUAAUUUCUUGGAUGAAGGGGAGGAAGAAAUAGAAAAUUGGCAAAAGAAAGCAGCAAUUGCAUUGCUAAAUAGUGGUAACAAGAGAUUCUUGGCUGCUCUUUCAAAUUCCAUGGCAAAGGACAUUCCUAGUUUAGCACGAGCGAGCCUGGUAACCAUUGCCUGGAUGAGCUGUUUUUUGCAUUUGGCUGGAGAUAAAGAUUUCCAGGCCAUGGCAAGCUCAAUACUCACGCCCCGGUUACUAGAAUCCUUGAAUUCCAAUCGAGUACUUGAAGAAAGGGUGCUUGCUACUUUCUCAUUGCAGCAAAUCAGAAAAAGCUCAGAUCAAUAUGUUCAUCUUUGAUAGAAUACAUAGCCUGAUGAGCUUAUUCAACCGACUCACAAGCACUGCAAGGCACCGGUAGCCAGAGCUUGAGGCCUGGACGGUCUGGCUUGUUAAAGAAAUGCAAGAAAUCAUCCAAGUAUUGGAUUUCAAAAAAGUGAUUAUCCAAUCACCCUGGCCUAAUUCAUUAGAGAGGAUGAUAGAUAAGUUGCUACUUCUUCCAAAUUCUUCACAUCUUUUGAGAGUGUAGGUAAAUAUAAAUGUAUAUAUACACAUGAUUUCCCCAAAUAAAGAAUGGGAUGAAAAAUCUGUUUUCUUCCUGGAAAACAUGAUGAUGACCAAUAACAUACAGAUUUAAAAUGACAAGAACAACUUAAAACUACUAUAACAUGCAAGAGCUUGAUGGCUAA